AUGGGAUCUAUGAGAGCUAUCGUCUUCUUUUUCUUCUUCAUCUCCCCGCUCAACCCCAUCUCCACCGCAACAGUGCCGCCGCUCCCCAGGAUAAAGGCGGUAAAUUUGGGUGGGUGGCUCCUUACCGAGGGAUGGAUAAAGCCGUCCCUCUUCAAUAACAUCACUAACAAUGAUCUCCUGGUGAGUCUUAUUAUUCUUCCAAUUCCAUCCGGUGCUCUAUUGCUGGCCUAUCCUGAGAUCGGAUUGAAAUGGGCGGCAGGAUGGAACCCAAGUCCAGCUGAAGUCCGCCUCUGUUGGAAAGUACCUCAGCGUCAAGAACGGUGGCGGGGAAGUCAUCCUGGCUAAUCGGGAUAGCGCCUCUAGUUCGAAGACCUUCAUAGUAGGUGAUUUACUUUAAAUCAGCAUCUGUUAGAAUGGCACUCCGCAUUCCGAAUAUCUAUUAGAAUGAAAGAUGGUGCAGAACAAAAGUCGCUAACUUGAUGAUUCCGCAUGAAAUCACAGUUAUGGAGGGUCGACUCGACCCACUUCCAGUUCCGGGUGUUCUUGAAGCAAUUUGUCGGCGUGAACGCCAGCAGCAGCGCGGUGGCUGUGGCAACAAUGCCGGGCCUCUCGGAGACCUUUGAGAUCGUAAGGAGUACGGGGGACUCCAAUCGAAUCCGCAUCAGAGCACCCAAUGGCCUCUUCUUGCAGGCCAAAUCAGAGAACUCGGUGACCGCGGACAGCGACGGCAACGGCAGCUGGGGAAAUGACGACCCGUCGGUGUUCUUAAUGAAGACGAUUGGGACUAUGCGAGGGGAGUACCAGUUAACCAACGGCUACGGGCCCAUCAAAGCCCCCGCGGUCAUGAGGGUAAGGAAGAAGGAGACUCUCCUCCCCUCUCUUCCUUAUUACUGAAGAGCUACACAAACGAUGGCUGUUUUGAUGUUUCCAUCGCAGAAACACUGGCGGACGUUCAUUGUUGAGGAGGACUUUAUGUUUAUGAACGACAAUGGACUUAACGCCGUUAGGAUUCCGGUGGGGUGGUGGAUCGCCAGCGACCCUACUCCACCGGCACCAUAUGUAGGCGGGUCCCUGGCGGCUCUGGACAACGCGUUCACGUGGGCAGAGUAAGCGAAAUUAAAGCUCUGAUACAGAAGGGGUCCCUGCCGAAUGGGAUCCAGGAAAUUUCCCUUCAUUCAUGGACGAUGUCGACGUGGUUUCCCUGUGUCCAGGAAGUACGGCCUGAAGGUGAUCAUCGACCUCCACGCCGCCCCCGGUUCCCAGAAUGGUGAUGAGCACGGCGGCGGUAGAGACGGGAGCGUCGAGUGGGGAGUCGCCGGUAGCGGCAACGUAGAAAAGACGGUGGCUGUCAUCGAGUUCCUCACCCGGAGGUCUAAUAAUUGCUACAAUUGAUAAUAACGUCGAAACUCGUAUGAUCGGAGAAAUUAUUCUAAUCGCAAAAGAUCCGCUGGCAGGUAUGCUGCAAGACCCAACUUGAUCGCAGUGGAGCUCAUCAACCAACCGAAGGCAGAAAUGGUCGACUUUGAUACCUUAAAGAGCUAUUACCAAGCCGGCUAUGACGCCGUGCGCAGGCACACAAGUACCGCCUACGUAAUCUUCUCCACCCGGUUGCACGGUGACGCGGGGGGGUUCAUUUCGUUCGCCAGCGGCCUCGACCGCACCGUCCUAGACAUUCACUAUUACAACCUUUACUUGAGCAAGUUUGAUGGAUGGACGGCGCAGCAGAAUAUCGACUAUGUGAACAACCAGAGGGCCAACGAGCUCGCCUCCAUUACCAACUCCAAUGGCGGCCCCCUCUCCUUCGUCGGUAAGAGUCCCUACAGCCGAGUCGCCUUGUCCGUUGGAAUAGUCUCUUUUACAUUUGUCACCAUUCUCCGCCGCCGUCACGGCUGCAGGGGAGUGGGUCGCCGAGUGGAAAGUGGUAAACGCGUCGGAGGAAGAGUACCGGAGGUUUGGGGAAGCGCAGCUGAAUGUCUUCGGUAGGGCCUCCUUCGGGUGGGCCUACUGGACCUACAAGAACGUGGACAACCACUGGAGCCUCAAGUGGAUGAUCACCAACGGCUAUAUAUCCCUAGUAAAAACCUCGAAUAUUGCUGUUUGUUAA